AAAAAACAUUGUCCUUUCAGACUUAUGUAAAAUUUUGCUGCGAAAAUCAGGAUAAAUAAAAUAAAAUAGGCAACAACUUGAAGUAUAAACCCAAAGGAACAGACUGAAAAUGGAGCCAACAACUCAUGUGCCCUACGUGGGAGAUGGGUUAGUUUCGACCACGGUAAAGGACCAACCGAUAUCUAUUUCGCCCGAUCCGUUAAAGACGGUUGUUCUGCCAUCUGUGUUUGGAAUCGUUUGUAUUGUUGGAUUACUUGGUAAUGCGUUGGUCAUGUACAUUAUACAAGUGAAGAUUCGUAAAAACAGUUUGACCGAUAUAUACGUCAUCAAUUUAGCUGUCGCAGAUUUCAUCUUUCUCGCAAUGUUGCCAUUCUGGUCAACAGAACUUGCUAUGAACGGACGAUGGGUGUUUGGGAGGGUACUCUGUAAGCUAACCAGCGGAAGUACCCACUUCCAUAUGUACGCAAGUGUCUUCUUCCUCACUGCGAUGGCUGUUGACAGGUUAAUGGCAGUGGUGUUCUAUAGGAGCUGUAUGGGGAAUAGGACAAGACGAGCGGCUAAAGUUGGCUCAGCUGUUAUUUGGGUGAUAUCUAUCAUAAUUAGCAUCGUACCUUUUUAUUUCCGUGAUUUGAAGCAAGGGACUUCAGGUUACAGUCACUGCAUUUGGACGUUCAAUGACACAAUAACGGUCGAUAGGAACUGGUUUGUGGUGCAUUUUAUGACGAGAUCGGUUAUUGCGUUCACGCUGCCUUUUCUAAUUAUCUCAAUCUGUUACACGUGGAUCGUUGUCUUUCUCAAGACGAGGAAGACAAGUGGAAAACUGACAAGCAAACGACAAGACAAAGCCACUACCAUGGUGCUUGUGGUUAUUGCGGUUUUCCUGCUGUGUUGGCUGCCCAACCAAGUUUCCAACGCAAUAUACGCAGCACAGAGCUUCAACCUUAUACCUCAGCCGUUGCAGCUGUCCAAAGUACAUUACUAUAUCCACAUGUUUAGUACAUGUCUCGCAUGGGCGCAUAGUUGUGUAAACCCUAUGUUGUACUGCUUCAUGAGAGAAGACUUGAAAUUAAAGCUGACAGAGAUGGUGCAUUGGAAUGCCAAACGAUGCUGUGGCGAGGACCUUGCGAAUCGAUUCUUAACGAGCAGAAAAUCGUUUAAGAUACGAAUGUCUGGCCGCAAGAACCCGAAAAGCAAGGGGAGAACUGAUCACAACUGUCGCGUGAUAGAGGAAGGGGCUGAGCAGUCGAUGUUAGUGGGGACAACAAACGGGGAAUUAGCAGAGAAAGAAACAGUUUUCCAAAACCUGACACCGACAUCAACUGAAGAAAACCAUGAGGUUCGAUUAUGAAACUAUCCAUACUGUGACUCCAUUUCAUGAGCUUCACUAUAUUAGAAUUGAUCAAAGAAUCCAAAGAUAUGUGGGCUUAUCUAGCUUUACACAAGUCGUAUUGUCGCCUAUGUAAAUACACUGAAUCUUGUA